AUGGCAUCCCCUCCCAUGAACAAAUACUGGAUUCCGCAUCUAGAUAUCCACAAGAGAGUCAUUACUCAGGAGCUCCAGUACUAUUUAGGGCCAGACGCCACCGUCAGACCGUACACCCGAGAAGGAGAAGAUGGGUUUCUCAUCACGACGCCCGGUGCGUGCUUGACGGACGAACAAAUCGACGACAUAUGUCUUAAGUCAAAGGAUAUGUGGGAGAAGCAAGCGGCGGCUCGCUCGCAAUUGAAUCCCGAGAAGCCGUUGAAACGGCCAUUACACCAACCGGUUUUAAUAUCGAAGGGGUCUGGAGAAGGAUCGAAGCGCCGAGGAAAAGAUCGAAGAAGCCACAUCUCUCGGCGGCCGUACGACGACAAGAAAGGAGGCGAGUCAUCUCGGAAGUGA